UCUCUGUUGAUCCAUUUAUCCAAGCCUUCUCUAUUCUUUUCCCUUCCUUUUUUGGUUCCUUCGUUUCUCUUCUCUUUCCUCCAGCAUUCUUCCUCUUUUCUUAACACAGCUCAACCACCACUUAUUUUUCUUCUUAGUCUUACUUUUCUUGUCAAAACCCAAGAUUCUCUUUUUGUCUCCUCAUUUCACUCUUCCACCUAUCUUUCAUAGGAAAAACUUAAACUUUGUGUGCUACAAGCACAGUUGAAUUUGACUUUGUUCAUAAUUCAUUUUGGGUGUGUGAAUCCAUGGGCUAAAGUGGAUUCUUGGAAAAUGAUUAAAGGAACUUGAAGAGUGAAGAUAAUAUACAAACGAAUAUGAGAACCCUUUGUGAUGUUUGUGAAAGUGCUGCCGCUAUACUUUUUUGUGCAGCUGACGAGGCUGCUCUCUGCCGUUCUUGUGACGAAAAGGUCCAUAUGUGCAACAAGCUUGCAAGUCGACAUGUAAGAGUUGGGCUAGCGGACCCCAGUAAAAUCCAGCGUUGCGACAUAUGUGAAAAUGCACCUGCUUUCUUUUAUUGUGAGAUCGAUGGAAGUUCCCUUUGUUUGCAAUGUGAUAUGAUUGUCCAUGUUGGAGGUAAAAGAACCCAUGGAAGAUAUCUCCUUAUAAGGCAGAGAAUUGAGUUUCCGGGGGAUAAAUUGGGUCCUUCAAAUGAGUUAGGAUUUCCAUCUACCGAACAAGGUGCUGUAAGGAGGGAAACAUCUAAGGCAGCAGUAGAAAAUAAUGUAAAUAAUAACGUGAAAAUGGAGAAUGAGUUGAUUGACCUUAAUUCUAGACCUCAAAGGAUGCAUGGUCAAACGUCAAAUAAUCAGGAACAAGGAAUGGACAUGAAUAGUGGCAGCAAUCACGAGUCAGUCGGCCUGGUUCCUGAUGGACCCUCCAAAAGAGAGCCAGAGAAGUGAUCAAGAUGUGAGAUUUCUGCUGCCCUUCCAAAUUUCAAACUUGAAUUAUGAAUUGGAGUUGCUGGCCCUAGUUGAGUUACAUGCAAUGUACUUGGAGCUUUAAGCAAAGCUUUUCAACUAGUCAGGACAAAGUUGAGUUAUCUCUGGAGUGAAGAGCACUCUGAAAUUCAUUAUUCGACCACUUCAUGCAUAUACUUCGAGAAGAGGAUCAGAAAAAGAUUCUGCCAUCUCGCUUUGGAGAGAGGAUAAGGCUGCAGUCUACCACAUUUGCCUCUGUAAUUUCCUGUAAUGAGUAAUGAGAAACAAUCUUUACAGGUUCAAGAUGUAAUUUCCUGUAAGCAGUGACAUUCAUUUUAUUGUAGUUUUUUAGUAAUGAAGUUUCCAACCAUUUGU